AUGAUCUGGUGCCUUAUCGCUUGCCACCCUACAACUGGGUGCCACGUGGCGCUAGCCUUAUCUGAUACGACGAGGGCAUGGGCUAAUCUGAGGUUGAUGAUGCAAAAGGUAGCACAUCCUUUGGUGGGAGGAUCAAGCUACAACACAUACAUACACAAUUCGUACAGACCUCCACCAAGCACCGCUGUCCACCGCCACCAACCGCCGCCGCAUCAUCAUCUUCGACCUCGUCUUGAUAAGAACGCCGUCACCGGUACCUCCCCUGCAUUUCAACUCCGUUGUCUGCCUCUGAGAUGCCGGCAAGAUGCCCCGUCAACGACAAUCUGCCGAGGCCCUCAGUUUUCUCCUGGCCGACUGAUCCGACGGCGGAUGCAUCUCGCAAUCCAACGGCAACGCGCGGUCCUCGAGACCCGCGUCCCUGAGCUGCGGCGGUUCUGUUGUUGCCGAUUGAUUUUCCCGAUUAUCCCAAUCGUCCUUGACACUGCUGACAAGGACCUCCUGAACGGCGCUCGUGAAAGUUUUAAGCCGUCGCAGAAACCGUCGGGGCUGUACGCAAUUUGGAAGUUGCAGGAUGUGAAUGUGUGCCGCUUGAUUUAA